AUGAAUCCGCACCUUCGCCUCUUCCUCCUCCUCCUGGCCGCAGCCGCUCUAUGCCAGGGUGCGCCGCUGGCCGGCGAGCUGCGCUGCCGCUGCGUGCGGACCGUGUCCCAGGUGAUCCCGCCGCGGCGCCUGGCCCGCCUGGAGUUCCUCGCCGAGGGGCCGCACUGCGCCGUGCCAGAGGUCAUAGCCACCACGAAGCAGGGACAGAUGAUCUGCCUGGACCCCGUCGCGCCUUGGGUCAAGAUCCUGGUCACCAGGAUCCACCGCAGUUCACCCAACAAGCUCUGA